GCUGGGACUGUGACAUCACAGUGGUGCUGGGGUUGGGGAGGCCAUGUCCUGCGCUGGACACCAGUGGGACCAGGGAACAGGACGACCUGCUUGGCCUGGAAGACGCAAAGCCACCCACAGCUCCCCUCACCAUCAGGGUGCCAUGGGACAGUGUCACAGAGAGAGCAGUACUGCAGGCCCACAGCCCCAGAGCCAGGGUCAGCACUUGAGCAAGUGACACCCCAGCCACCUCCAGGGACAGCAGGCUGGGGACAGGGGCACAGCAGGGCAUCCUGGGGCUGGGCAGUGCAGUUGGGACACGGGGGUGAAGCUCGGCAGGUCAGGGAAUGCCAUGUCAGGGGCCCCAAGCUCAGCGAGGGAGAGGCAGACAGGUCAGGAUCUUCUCCCCCUCCCUGCCUGCCCAGCGGGGCCUGUGGGCUCCGACGGGGCUCUCCUCACGGGGCAGGUGGCAGCUGCCACCACCGGCCACCACAAUGGGCGCCAGCGCUCGGUCGACGCUGCGCUGCUCAGGAAAGCCAAGCGGCGUGUGGAGAAGGCCAUUAAGGAGAAGAAGAUCUUCGCGGUGCGGGGCCCCUACCCCGUCAUCCGUUCCCUGCUCCGGGCUCGGGGCUGGGUGGAGAGGAAGCUCCCCCGCGAGGGCAGACGGCUGAAGCAGCAGCUUGGCGGCCAAAAGAAACAGCAGCCGGAGACAGAGCCAAGUGAUGAUGGUGAUGAGCAGGGGGAGGCAGUGCUGAACCCACGUGGUGGGGCGCAGCCUUCCCUGGGGUCCACAGAGCCCCUGCACUACCCAUGGCCACGCAAUGAGGAGGUGAAGGAGGAAAAGGAAGAGGAAGAUGAAGAUUAUGAGGACUCCGAUGAAAUCCAUGACCUCAUGUCCUACCUGGUGCGGGACCAGGUGCCAAACUUCCUGUGGACCAUCCGCCUUAGUUCCAUUGACCAGGAGCUGCUGCAGAGGAUCGAGGUGGUGAACCGCUAUCACUGGGUGAAUGCCCUCAGCACCAAGGAGGGGCUGUGCCUCAGCCUGCAAAACCUGCCCUGGUUCGCGCAAGCCGACCCCAACACCUUUUUCCCCCGGUGCUACCGGCUGGGGACCAGGGAGGAGCGGGAAGCUUUCAUUGAGGAUUUCCGCCUGACGGCAGCUCGCAGCCUGCUCAAACUGGCUCUGAAGAAGGCUGGGGACAGGCUGGUGAGGACGGAGCAGCCCCCAAAAUCCAGCAAGGGGCCAGAAGGGCCAGGGUCCUCCCUCUCCUCUCCCUCCCGGCUGGCAGAGGAGGCCCUGGAGGUCUGCGAGCAGCACCUGAGUGUCCUGGAGCACCAGGACAUCGACAGGAAGACCCCGUCCCCCUGCAGGACGUGCAUCGACUGGAACUGCUUCCUGCAGGAUUACUACCGCGCGGCACAUGAGGGGGCCGGACUGGCGCUGAGCGGGGCACAGCGGGAGCGGUGCCAGGACCUGCUGCGGCGCCUGGCGGAGCAGCUGCCGCAGUUCGGCGUAGAGGGCGAUCUCAACAUCUGGAUCCUCAAGCCCAGCGCCAAAUCCCGAGGCAGGGGGAUCGUCUGCGCGACGCGGCUGGAGGAGGUGCUGCAGCAGGCGCGAAGCUCCACGACCCCCUCGGCGCGGGCGUGCGAGUGGGUGGUGCAGAAGUACGUGGAGCGGCCGCUCACCAUCUUCGGCACCAAAUUCGACAUCCGGCAGUGGUUCCUGGUCACUGAUGGGAAUCCCCUGACCGUCUGGUUCUACCAAGACUGCUACCUGCGCUUCUGCUCCCAGCCCUUCUCCCUGCGCCACCUGGAGCAUUCCAGGCACCUCUGCAACGUCUCUGUCCAGAAGCAGUACAAGACGUCACCUCACCAGGACCCCCGCGUGCCCCCCAGCAGGGUCUGGUCCAGCCGGCAAUUCCAGGCAUACCUGGCACGGCUGGGGCGGGCGGAUGCUUGGCAUCAGGUGAUGGUGCCCGGCAUGAAGGCAGCGAUACUGAACUCCCUGCGCUGCGCCCACGACCACAUGAGCUUCCGCAAGGGCAGCUUUGAGCUCUUUGGGGCCGACUUUCUCGUGGGGGAGGACUGCCAGCCCUGGCUGCUGGAGAUCAACUCCUGCCCCACCAUGAGCCCCUCCUCGGCCGUGACCCGACGGCUCUGCGCCAACGUCCAGCGGGACACGCUGCGCCUCGUGCUCGACCGCAAGGACGACCCCAGCUGUCCCACUGGCGCCUUUGAGCUCAUCUACAAGGAGGCAGCUGCGCCCCCGCGUCCGGCUGUGGGGAUAAAUCUGACGGUCGAAGGCUGUUCCCUGAAGAAGCCCCGGCCAGCAAAGCGUCGAUUACAGGAAAAGCCCCCCACCAGUACAGCCAAUGUCCCCCGGCCCCCCGUGUCCUCAGAGGGCAGAGCCACACAGGCGCCCCAGCCGAGAGUGCCACAGCGGAAGCUGCCUCCUCUGAGGCAACAGAGCAGCUGCUGCACCCCCAGCUCUGCCCCUGCAGCACCGCCACAGCCUCCGGACUGCGCUGCUGGGAGCCAGGAGCUGCCCUGGCUCCUUCACCUGGUUGUGCAGCCUCAGGAAACUGAGCCCCAGGAAGCUGCUCAGCCCCAGGAAGCUCAGCCCCAGGCAGUUCUGCCCCCAGUCAGUUGCCAUGCCCUGGAUCGGGUGCCUGUGCCACCGCCCCAGGGAGCCCCCAGCAGCCCCCGGCAACCCCCGGACUGUUCUGCCAGGAGCCAGGGGCUGCCAGGGCUCAAUCACCCGUUUGGACAGCCCCAGGCAGCUCUGCCCCCAGUCAGUAGCCAUCCCCUGGAUGGGGUGCUUCUACCACCUCUCCGGGGAGCCCCGGGCUGCUCUGCCGGGAGCCAGGAUCUGCCGUGGCUCCUUCACCUGGUCGGGCAGCCCGAGGACGCUCAACCCCAGGAAGCUCCGCCCCAGGCUGCUUGGCCCCAGGCAGCUCUGCCGCCGAUUAGGGGCUGUCCCCUGGCUAAGGUGCCUGUGCCACCGCCCCGGGGAGCACCCAGGAGCCCCUGGCGACCCCCGGGCUCUGCUCCCUCCUUCCGUCCUGCCAGACCACUGCAUCCACCUCUGCUGGAACAGAGCACGUCAGCUCGCAACAGGACACAGAAGAACUGGGACACAGAGACAUCCCCACGAGGGGACAGCCUCCUCCCCGCCCUUGCUGGGGAAACACUGCAGCACCCGGCUCCCUCCCACCCCAACGAGACCCCCUUGCUGCGUCACGGGACCCGCCUCAACCCGCACACGGGCCUUAAUACACUGCUGUGACAAGGA